AACGAAGUGAGAAUUAUAGUCUUUAAUGGGAUUCUCAUAUGCGUCAUGGAUGCCUAUCAGUCCAUCUCCAUCUCCGCUUCCUAAUUACAGUAGCAUCAAUGAAAUUAGUUUACGUUCUUCAGUCUCCACUGUGUUACUGAAAUACCCAGGAUUUCGUUACCAGUUUUCUUCUGGAAUAUCUUUUUCCAGUGGAGAUUUCAUGGAUUAUAACCGUAUAAAGAUCAGCUACCCUCAAAAGAAGCCCAUUAGAAACAACAAAUUUAUUAGUAUUCGAGCCUCAAGCGAGCAAAUCCGUUCUUCUACCAACAAUCGAAGAAUUAUCGUUGGCUAUGCAGUUACGGUGGUAUUAGCUGUUGCGAACCGCGUUCUUUACAAGCUUGCACUGGUUCCCUUGAAGCAAUAUCCUUUCUUCCUCGCUCAGGUCACGACUUUUGGAUAUGUGGCAAUUUAUUUUUCAAUCCUCUUAGCAAGAUAUCGUGCCGGGAUUGUGAAUGAUGAAAUGCUAGCAGUCCCCAAGAGUCGCUUCAUGGCCAUUGGAAUUUUAGAAGCCCUUGGAGUUGCUGCUGGGAUGUCUUCUGGAGCUAUGCUUCCAGGACCAGCUAUUCCCAUAUUAAAUCAGACAUUUUUGGUGUGGCAGCUGAUGUUGUCAACCUUGAUUUUAGGGAGAACAUAUUCAUUCAAUCAGAUAAUCGGCUGCUUACUUGUAGCUUCCGGUGUAGUUUUAGCAGUAGCAAGCGGGUCAAAUGACAGUCAAAUGCUUACAAAAGUUGAGUUUAUAUGGCCAGCACUAAUGUUAGCGUCAUCUGCAUUUCAAGCCGGUGCAUCUAUUAUCAAGGAGUUUGUGUUCGUUGAUGCUGCCUCUCGUCUCAAGGGUAAACAGCUAGACAUAUUUGUUGUUAAUUCUUUUGGUUCUGGAUUCCAGGCUCUUUUCGUACUUCUCUUUCUGCCUUUAUUAUCAAACUUGAAAGGAAUACCAUUUUCCCAGUUCACUUCCUACUUGAGAAGCGGUGCUGCUUGUUUCUUAAAUAUCGGACCCACUACUACAGGUUGUGAUGGUGCUCCAUUACUACCCCUGUUGUUCAUAUGUGUUAAUAUGGCUUUCAACAUCUCGUUGCUGAAUCUGGUGAAAAUAUCCUCCGCAGUGGUUGCUUCCCUUUCAGCAACAUUAUCAGUGCCAAUUUCUAUUUACAUUCUUACUUUACCAUUGCCUUACAUCCCUGAAGGCACAAGCUUGAGCCCUUUUUUUCUCUUUGGUAGUGUGAUACUUCUGUUGGGUCUAAUUCUUUAUAAUCUGCCUCAGCCUGCAAAGCAUAGCUCUUGAAAUGUCAGAUGCUAGGUACUGAUUCAAAGAAAAUUUUCUUGU